CAUGUAUUACCAACUGUACAAAUAUUUUACCAACUUAACGCCCAUCAUCAACAACGUUACCUAAUUUGUUUUGCAAUCGUCAGUCAAUCAAGUGUGAUAGUGUGAUUUAUGUGUGAGAAAAGCAUUGGUAGUUAAGUAAUUGAUUGAGUGCAAUGAUGUGAUACGAUCCAUCGAAAUGUAACAAUAUUGUUAUUCAACAUAAUGGAGAUAUGUUUAUGAACAGAGAGUAAUAUUUACUGUGUUCAUCUCUAUUGCCAUUAAAAAUUAAUAAUUUCAAACUGUUUACUUUUUACCAUACGUAUUAGUGUUCUUAGACCCUGAAAUAAGUGGGUAACCACGACACUUGUUAUUGAAACAUUGAACACUUUAAUCAUGUCGCAGAAUAAAUUUAUGCACCCUAGAAACAUUUACAAACAUCCACCCAGUUUCAAAGACAUGGCUAUAAAGUAUCCCGAAUUUCGUAAAUUUGCGAAGCCAGAUAUAUCUGGAAAAAUAACCCUUGAUUUUAAGGAUCCUGAAGCUUUGAGAGCGUUAACUCAAACACUUCUUCUUAAAGAUUUUGAUUUAAAUGUGAAUAUACCACUAACCCGUUUGGUGCCCACUUUACCACUUCGUUUGAAUUAUUUAUUAUGGAUCGAAGAUUUGUUAGAUGCUGUUGGCAUUCAAAGAUCAGAUUUUGCAUCAGUUAAAGGAAUAGAUAUUGGUUAUUUGUCAGAGAAUAUGUCAUUGACAGGAACUGGAGCAUCGUGCAUUUAUCCUCUGCUGGCAGCAAAACAAAAUAAUUGGAGUAUGAUGGCAACAGAAGUUGAUAAUGAAAGCUUUAAAAUUGCUGAAGCAAAUGUGACUGCCAAUAAUUUGCAGCAUUUAAUAACAGUUAAACUAGUGGAAGGCAGUAAGCUUCUCACCAAUAUCCUGGAAGAAGAUAAAAAUUACACAUUUAGUAUGUGUAACCCCCCAUUCUUCAGUAGUGAAGAUGAUCUUGAUUUUACCAGCAAAUCACGUUCACCAUGUCGACCUCCUCCUCAUAAUGGUAUCACAGGAGACUUAAAAGAAUUAGUAGCUCCAGGAGGGGAAGUUGCUUUCAUUUUAAAAAUGAUGGAUGAGAGUAAAGAACUUGGGCAGAAAAUCAAGAUUUAUACAACUAUGAUUGGACACAAAUCAAGCUUAGCUGUAUUGAAAUUAGAACUGACAAAAUUGAAUGUUGCAAGCUUGACUGAGACUAGAUUUUGUCAAGGCAAAACUACCAGAUGGGGUAUAGCAUGGACAUACGAUAAAAACUUGACAUUGCAAAAAGCAUAUCAAACACCUAGUCAGAAGAAAAGUAAUACUCCAAUGACAUACAUUGUACCAUCAGAAGUAGUGAGUGAUGCAACAAUGUACACAGUUGAGGUUAUUUCAGAAAAAGUAAUUACAUUGCUUACAGAAAUUCAGAUAAAACAUAAGUUGAAGAAGAAAAAUAAAUUUAUGACAAUGAUAGAAGCAACAGCUUUAAAAAAUACAUGGUCCCAUCAACGCAGAAAAAAGCGGCAAGCUGAUAAAUUGGGUGACCAUAGCUCUUCCUUGAAUAUUGAAGAGAAAGAUGUAAAUGCAAACAAAUUUGAAGAGAGUUGUAUUAAUUUUAAAAGAGGUACUGAUGACUUCAAUCAAGAAGAAAUGACUAAUAAAAAGAUGAAGAUAGAACAAAACGACUCUGCUAAAGCAAUUAGUCCUUCGGAGAAUUUUGUAUUGGAUUAUAAUUCAUCUGAUUCAAAGAUUAAUAAUGAGAAAUGUAGCACUGGUGAUGUAGAUGAAUCUCUCAAGCCAAAAUCAAACGAAGAGAGUUCAACUAUUCCAUUAUUGGAAACCACAAUAUUUAUAAGAAGUAUAGCAUCAGAAAUUCAUGUUGAAAUCCUGUGGAGGGGAGGUACUGGUGGACGGGAAUCUAUGCAUCAAGUGUUACAAUACAUUAAAAAUAAAUUGAAGUAAUAUUUUAUAUUAAUAUUUUGCAAUAAAGGAUAUUUAAAAUAAAAAUGUUGCUUUCUUUAAUUUCAAUUCGAACAAAUACUCCAAUAAUCACUAAACGUACUGAACCAAUAUCCAUGAAACUUUUGCCCCAGCUUUCUUUAAAGGUCAGGAAUACAGUAGGCUAUGAUUUAUAACCAGAAACCUUAAUUUAUUUACAAAAUAAUUACUUUUGUGGUUGUUAUUGUUUUUUUUCUCCCAAAAAGC